UAUCGCGAGUCUUCUGUGAGACUUGACUCUAUAAGCCCGUGGGAACAAGUCUCGGAAACCCUUUUCACGAAGAUGGCGCCGAAGGCGAAGAAGGAAGUCCCUGCCCCUCCCAAAGCCGAAGCCAAAGCAAAGGCUUUGAAGGCCAAGAAAGCAGUGUUGAAAGGCGUACACAGCCACAAAAAAAAGAAGAUCCGGACGUCACCCACCUUCCGACGGCCCAAAACACUGCGGCUCAGGAGGCAGCCUAAAUAUCCUCGGAAGAGCGCCCCUAGGAGAAACAAGCUUGACCACUAUGCCAUCAUCAAGUUCCCCCUCACCACCGAGUCAGCCAUGAAGAAAAUAGAAGACAACAACACACUGGUGUUCAUUGUGGACGUCAAGGCCAACAAGCACCAAAUUAAACAGGCUGUGAAGAAGCUCUAUGACAUUGACGUGGCUAAGGUCAACACCCUGAUCAGGCCUGAUGGAGAGAAGAAGGCAUAUGUUCGACUGGCUCCUGACUAUGAUGCUUUGGAUGUUGCCAACAAAGUAAGCUUCCUUUGCUACAAACACCCCCCCCCCCUUCCUGGGUGCAAAUGAUGUGUCUGUUAGUGACCAAACCCUGACUUCGGUGAUUAGUUUCAACUGACUGACUGUGCCCCGUCUUUAAUAGGCCGUACCCCUCACCAUGUGCCCUCAAUUUGCUUUUUAACUUUGACAUUUCCCGCUUAAUAUUCCCAUUUCAACUCCCAGUAACAAAGCUCCCUUUUGUUUUUCAGAUUGGGAUCAUCUAAACUGGGUCCAGCUGACUAAUUCUAAAUAUAAAAGUUUUCACUAUA